CGUAGGUAGUAAUUCACUAUCCCCUUCUCUCCUUGUAGCAGCUACCUAGUAUCCUUCACUUAGUGUGGUUGUUAAUUUUUCCCAUGGCACAACAUGAGGAAGAAACCCUUGAUUUUCCGUAUGAUGUUUUCUUGAGCUUUAGAGACGAAGAUACAAGGGAGAAAUUUAUAGGGCAUCUUAGUAAAGCGUUGUCUCGAAAGGGGAUAAUCACUUUCGAUAAGAAUCUAGAGAAGGAGGAAAGUGUUUCAUCUUCUCUCUCCAAGGCCUUUGAAGAAUCAAGGGUUUUCAUCGUUGUGUUUUCUGAGAACUAUGCAUCUUCCACAUGGUGCCUCGAUAAACUUGUCGAGAUCCUAGAACGGUCCAAGAAGGGGGACAAGAAACGUGUGUUUCCAAUAUUUUACCAUGUAGAUCCCUCCGAUAUAAGGAACCAGAGAAACCGUUACGGUGAGGACAUGAUUGCACAUGAAAACAAGUUUGGCAAAGACUCCCAAAGAGUGAAGAAUUGGAGGUCAGCUUUGACUGAAGCAAGUAACUUUCCAGGCGAGCAUUUCACCACUGGAAGUCGCAAGUAUGAAAUCAAUUUGAUUGAAGAGAUUGUUGAUAAAGUCUAUAAAAAUAUAGCUCCUAAACCGUUACGUACUGGUCAGAGCCCCAUUGGACUAGAGCCUCGCAUAGAAGAGCUAAAGUCACUUUUAGACAUGAAGCCUGGUGAUGAAACUAAACACAUGUUGGGCAUUUACGGACUUGGGGGAAUAGGGAAAACAGAACUUGCCAAAGCUUUGUAUAACAAUAUUGUGCGAGACUUCGAUUCUGCAAGUUUUAUUGCCGAUGUUAGAGAGAAAUCAAACAAACCCAAUGGCUUGGAAGAUCUUCAGAAGACACUUUUAUCAGAGAUGUUAGAGGAGUUAGAAACUGAGUUUGGCAGUACAAGUAAAGGAAUGUAUGAAAUAAAACGCAGGCUUCAUCUAAAGAAAGUUCUUCUUGUUCUUGAUGAUGUUGAUGACAAAGACAAAUUAGAAAAGUUGGCAGGAGGAUGUGAUUGGUUUGGUUUUGGAAGCAGGAUCAUUAUCACAACACGAUAUAAAGAUGUGUUAAUUACUCAUAAAGUUGAAAAGAUAUAUGAAAUGAAAGAGCUUGAUGAACAACAUUCUCUUGAGCUCUUUUGCUGGAACGCCUUCAAACAAAGCCACCCUAAAACAGGAUUUGGUAAUGUGUCUUUGCGUGCAGUUGGUUUUUCCAAGCGUCUUCCAUUGGCUUUAAAAGUAAUAGGCUCGGAUUUGGCUACCCUUUAUGAAGAAAGUUUAGAUGCUUGGGAAUGUGCGUUACAAGAAUAUGAAAAGACCCCUUCAAGUGAAAAGAUUCUAGAUGUGCUCAAAAUAAGCUAUGAUAGAUUGGGUGAAAAUGCCAAACAGGUUUUCCUAGACAUAGCUUGCUUCUUCAAAGGGGAGAGUUCAGAAUAUGUUAAAAAGAUAAUUGAGGAAUUUGGUGCAUCAAACAUUAAUGUACUUGUUAAUAAAUCUCUUCUAACUAUUGAGAAUGGCUACUUGAAGAUGCAUGAUUUAAUACAAGACAUGGGUAGAGAGAUUAUUAGGCAAGAGACAACAAAACUUGGAGAACGUAGCAGACUGUGGUAUUAUGAAGAUGUUAUUGAAAUAUUAACAGAUGAUUAUGGAAGUGAUAACAUUCAAGGGAUAAUGCUUGAUCCCCCUCAAAAAGAAGUAGUAAAUUGGGAUGGUAAUGCCUUUAAGAAAAUGGAAUCACUCAGAAUUCUCAUUGUUCGAAACACAUUAUUUUCACAUGAGCCUAAUCAUUUGUCAAAUCAUUUGAGGGUGCUUGAUUGGGAAGAAUAUCCUUCGAGGAGUUUUCCAUCAAAGUUUCAUCCGAAAAAAAUCAUCGUUUUCAAUUUGCCCAGAAGCCAUCUAACAUUGGAAGAACCAUUUAAGAAAUUUUCGUAUCUGACUAACAUAAAUUUCUCAUAUAACCAAUCUAUCAUCAAAAUGCCUGAUGUGUCUGAAGUUCAGAAUUUAAGGGAACUGAGACUUGAUCAUUGUAAACACCUAAUAACAAUUCAUGAUUCUGUUGGAUAUCUUAAAAGGCUUGCUCAUUUAAGCGCUUCAGAAUGUACCCAACUCAAAAAUUUCCCACAAAAGAUGUUUCUACCAUCUCUUGAAGUUCUCAAUCUUAAUUUAUGUGGAAAGCUUGAACACUUCCCGGAGAUAAAGGAAGAAAUGAAUAAGUCAUUGAAGAUUUAUAUGACAAAUACUGCUAUUAAGGUUCUGCCAGAAUCCAUUGACAAACUCAUUGGGCUUGUCAGUAUAGAGAUAUCAAAUAGUAGGAAACUUAAAUAUCUACCAAGUAGCUUAUUCAUGUUGCCAAAUAAUGUUGCCUUUAAAAUUGGAGGAUGUCGUCAACUCUUAGAAUCCUUCAGAAGUUUCGUUCAGAGCCUUUCUACAAUUAAUGUUUGUCCAAUUUUACAAACACUACAUUUUGAAAAUGCCAAUUUGUCAGAUGGAGAUCUUCUCACGAUUCUCAAUUGUUUUCCAAAAUUAGAAGAGUUAUUUGCUUCAAAAAACAAAUUUGUCUCACUCCCUACAUGCAUUAAGGAAUGUGUUCACUUAACAAGUCUUGAUGUGAGCUUUUGCGAGAUGCUUCAAAAGAUUCCUGAAUGUCCUAACUUGAGAACUCUCAAAGUUAAUCAUUGCAUGAAUCUUGAGGAAAUUUCAGAAUUGCCAUUUAUUCAAAAAGUAGAUGCAAGGCAUACCUCUCUAGCUAAGGAGACAUCAGACAUGUUAUGGUUUCAGGCAGCAAAAGGGAUGCGUGAAUUGGAAAUAGUGAUGCCCCAAACCGAGAUUGCAGAAUGGUUUGACUUCAUUGGCAACGGAGAGAAUCUUCGUUUCUGGGUUCGUUGCAAGUUCCCAACUUUUGCUCUAGCGUUGGUUUUCCAGGAUGUGACAGGAUGGGGGAGACAAGGUCGCCAUCAAAUUCUUCAGCUCCAACUAGUUAUCAACGGUCGAUGUGUUUCUCGCAGAGGCUACAAGUUCAGAAUUGGUGCAGAUCAUGUCUUAAUUUGUGAUCUACGACUUUUAUUCAGUGACGAGGAAUGGCUUGGCCUUGAUACAUUUCUCGAGCAUGAGUGGAAUGUGGUGCAGGUUUCAUAUGAAGCCCCGCCCCCGUUGAUUCUAAGUCGAUGGGGAGUUCAUGUGUAUGAAGAAGGAGCCAACAUGGAACAUGUCCAAUUCAUAUGUCCUCAUCCCAAGUAUUUAGACAUGUCACCAACACUGGUUCCUACAAAAGAAGAUCCUAAGGAGGAACGAAGAAAGUUGAUAGAGAAUUUUUGCAUAGAUGAAGUGCUUGAAGCGACCAUACUUGAAUACAUGCACUACUGCGAGAAUAAAAAGGAUUUGACAGAUGAAAAUAUGGAGUUAGUGUAUUCCAAAAUUGGAUUGUUGAAAGAGGUAAGUAAGCAGGCUAAGGAUGAGUUAAAUUCUGGAGACUCAGAUUUAGAAGAUAAGCAUUCCCUCUUGACAACUUUCUUGAAGACUUACUAUGCUCUAGGCCCUGAAAUUCAGGAGGAAAUUGACAAUGUUCCGCAGCAGAAAGAAAAAAUGAGGAAAAUAUUCUCUGAUGGAAUAAGAGAUGGGCUUCUUGAAGCAAAGGCUAAAUUUCCUUCUCUAAAUCUUAUCAAAACUAGAAGUGUUGCCUUAAGGAAAGGUAGCAGGGUUCGAUGGCUUUUCGAAGAACUACCCGAUGUUGUAAAGUUAUACAUUGGAGGAAUCAUUAGUGGACUCUCGGAAGCAAAGCUGAACUUUCCUGAUUUUGACAUGUUGGCAACACUAGUUCCCAUGUUACGUAUGAUAGGCGUAAAUGAUCUCCAUGACAAUUUUGGUCGACCAUUGAUACGGUUGAUCAAAGAAGUGAGUGUGGAUCUUGGGCAAGAAGCAUUAACAAGGUACGUAUACUAUGAUGGAGUUACGGAUGGACUUUAUGAAGCUCAGAAUACCUUUCCUUAUCUAGAUAUUACUGAAACCAGAAGUGUUGCCAUAAAAAACAUGGCAUUUUGGAGCAUAUUGUUGCUGGGAGAGGAUCUGGUACGGGUGCUACGCACGGUUGAAACAAGGACAUACAUAGAUGGAAUUCUUGGUGGACUCGUUGAAGCAAUGCGGAGCUUUCCUGAUUUGGACAUCAUAAAGAUUCUAAGUGUCGUGUUACGUAGGAUGGGCAUUUUCAAAGUAAUUACUAUAGAAGAUGAGGCGCCUGGUAAUUUGCCCCAUAAGGAUCUCACAUUGAUGGGAGUGCUAGAAGAUAAAUGGGAGGAAUCAAUGGACGUGGGAGAAGCUUCAACCUCUGGGCAUCAGGGAAGAGAGGAGGAACAAGGCAACGAUCCUCAACAGGAAAAAAUACUGAGGGAAAUAUUCUAUGAAGGAAUUACAGAUGCACUUGUUCAAGCACGGAGUAACUUUCCUUCUUUGGAUAUUAAUAAAACCAGAAGUGCUGCAUUGAACGCCAAGAUAUACGGUCAUAGGGCUGUAUGGUCACUCUCAGAACCGGAAGGUGGAUGGAAGUCACAUCUCUCAAUUAAAAAGAAGAUAUACAUUGAAGGAGUUAUGAAUGGACUCCUUGAAGCAAAGUUGAGCUUUCCUAAUUUGGACAUAUGGGCAACACUAAAUACCUUGAAUAGUAGAAAAUUGAAAACAUCUUUUGUAACAAUACCUAGGUUUAUAAAGUUGGAUUGGAAUAAAGAGAUACCUCCUUCUCUAGGCUCUCUUGACCCUCCCUUGCAAACAUCCACCACAAUGAAUCAACAAAGUUCGAAAUCUGAGGCCGAGAGUAAAUUCCCUUUCAAGUUAGAGGGACAGGAAGCAUUGGGUAACAAGUUUGUAAAACAUGAAAAUGAAGGUGCUGUUUCGAAUAAAGAUAGUGGCACGACCAGCUCUUGCAAAAACCAAUAUGAUGAACCGAUUCAGAAAUUCAACACUCAAUCUGACGAGUUUGUUUCAAAGAAGGUGGAUUGUACUAGUGCCACAGGGAUUCUCAUGGACAAUGGCUGCAAGUGUGAGAGCAAGUAUGAGAAGGUGAGUGCUAUUUUGAAAGGAAGAGCUGAAGAAUUAGGGAGCCUAUAUCAUGCUAGAAUUGAAAGUUUCCAGAAGUCGGAGGAGUUUCACGAUCUGAUGAUUGCAACAUACUUGAAUGGACAGAGAGAUGGAGUCCUUGAAGCACAAGCCAUCUUAUUACUUCCUCAAGACAUGGACACAAAAACUCCAGUAUUUUUGGAUAAUGAGGAGCAUGUUAUUGAUGAGGUUGCUAAAAAUGAAAAACUUGAUGAAGACCUCAGUGUAACAGGUAUUCCAAUUCCUACUGUUCCAGAUGUUCCCAAUGACAAUGCCAAUCUUGACACAAAUAACCCUUCUGGCUCAAAGGAAUUUUUCAAUUGGUUUGAAUUUGUUUAAGAGAUGUAGCAAUAUUAAUGUAAAAUAAUGUUGUUAUACUAGAUUGUACUAAGUCUCAGCUUAGUAAUGCACAUGCCCCAAUUAUUGUUUCUACUAUUAUUCAAAAUGUAAUCAUCUUAAUUACUUCUUCAUAUAUUGAUUUGCAGUAAAAAAAGAAGAAGAAAAAAACAUUUGAUCCAA